AUGGUUGUUGAAGCGGGAAGCAAGCCAAACCCGUCGAACAUAACUGUCUUCAUGAGCUUAAACGUCGUCUGCAAGGGACUCGUCUGCAAAGCUUGUGAUGAAGGAUCAAGAUUAAUAUCCCCAGCUUUCCGCGGCAAAAAGGGAUGUCUAUGUAUGCGACGCGCUUCAUGUGCCGCUCCAUGUAUCCUAUUCAAACUAAUUUACGUGCUGCUGAUCAAACAAGUGAUUGUGCAGAUGGGUGGCGGAAUGUGGGAACCGAUGAUGGGACGCGUUGAGGAUUUGAACGAGCAGGUCGCUUGGAGAGGAUGGGGAUUGCCAGCAGAGGACAGUGCUGACCCAUCGAUCGCCCCUUGUCUUCCAGAAGCACAUUCGUUCCGAGCGAUGGACAGAUCGUGGAUGAUCCUAUUAAUAUUGGUUGGGCCCAGUCUCGGCGCCGGAGGCGAGCAAGAACUGGCCCGGUUUGUUGCCGAGCAGGAUGUCGAGGCCGUCGGCGGCCGAUGGCACUCCAAUCCGUGCUUUGUGGAUCGGCCUCUCGGCCCUCAUCACGAGGCUGGAAUUAACGAGGGCGGUCAAGGACCGGCUGGUCGGUUUGCCACUUUGACGCCCCAUCCGACCGAGCCGUCUCGGACGCCCGACGUGGUUCUUCGAAUCGACGACGACGAAGAAGAAGAACGGUGGAGUACAGAUACGAAGACAUGGGAUAUAAACACCGACCGCGCCGGCGGCUCUUCGGAAAACAGCCUGGGAGGAGGACCAGCUCGAAUGGCGGCCAAAGAAGGGCAAGAUGGAUCAGGAGAAAGCAGUCGAUUCAAGCCCAUCGACGCCCCAGAAUGUGCGAUAUGCUUGUCCAAGCUCGACCCGCUCUCCAAGCCGAUGAUCACCUGGGAUUGCGGCCAUAGUUUCGACAAACAUUGUAUGGAGUCUUGGUUAUGGAUCGAAAAGCAUUGGAAGAAGAUCAGUACACACACCUGUCCGGUCUGUCGCGCGGCUCUCUAUCGGAACGGCGUGCCGGCAAAGGCCCCAGAAGAACGGCCCCAUGGACUUCCUCCGCUCAGUUCGAGGGCCCAAGAAGAAGAAGAAGAAGAAGCUGUCUUAAAUCGUCCUCAUACGGUCCAUCUUGAGGAUCGUCCAAGAAUCUUGCUUUGCGAUCGGUUCUUGUACACUUGGGUCUGCCCCGUCUCGCCCUAUCUUACUGCGGCUGCUAAUGCUUUUAUAACCCUCAUGUCGAUUACUGUCAUGUUUGUUCUGCUGGAUCACUUGCUUCCACGCAGUUGAAAAAUGUCUCUCAGCUUUUGUUCCUUCUUACAAAACACCUUUCAAAUCCCAGCUUUUUUUUUUCUUCUCAGGAAUUUAUGAACGAAAUCCAUGAUAGUUUUUCUCUCUGAAAGUGUGUGUGUGUGUGUUUUUGUUACUGUCUGGUCUGAGUUUCGUG